AUGGCAUCUAGUGGCAGCUCGGGAGCUGGAGGCGGCAACAACAUCAAAGUCGUUGCUCGCUUUCGACCGCAAAACAAAAUUGAGCUUGCAAAUGGAGGCCAAACAGUGGUACAGUUCGAAGGCGUCGAUACCGUGACUGUCAGUUCCAAUGAAGUAAAUGCGCCCUUCACAUUCGAUCGAGUCUUUCCCAUGGAGUCCCAGCAAGCCGAAAUUUUUGACUUUUCCAUCAGGUCAACAGUUGCAGAUGUUAUGAAUGGCUAUAAUGGAACCGUCUUUGCGUAUGGUCAGACUGGUGCUGGAAAGUCGUAUACCAUGAUGGGAGACAUGACCGAUCCUGAAAAGAUGGGUAUUAUCCCACGAAUCGCCGAACAGAUGUUCGAGGCGAUCAAUGUUUGGGGCAACCCUGACAUCCUAUACACUGUCGCUGUGUCGUACAUGGAAAUCUACAUGGAAAGAGUCAAAGAUUUACUCAACCCAGUCAACAACAAUCUCCCUAUAAACGAGCUGAAAGAAGGUGGUGGAUUUAUAGUCAAGGGUCUACGAGAGAUUUACGUACAGUCAGCCGACGAAGUCUUUCAGGCAAUGACUCACGGCCAGAAAGCAAGAGUGACUGCCUCUACGAAUAUGAACCUCGAAUCUUCUCGAUCCCACUCGAUCUUCUCCCUGACCGUCAACCAGAAACAUCAAUCGACGCAGCAGGAAAAGAAAGGCAUGUUAUAUCUGGUCGAUUUGGCUGGCUCAGAAAAAGUAGGCAAAACUGGUGCAACCGGUCAGACGCUGGAAGAAGCAAAGAAGAUCAACAAGAGUUUGAGCUGUCUUGGAAAUGUCAUCAAUGCACUUACAGAUGGCAAAUCUUCACACAUCCCAUACCGUGAUUCUCAACUGACCAAGAUCUUGAAAGAAUCGUUAGGUGGAAACGCAAGGACAUCUCUCAUCAUCAACUGUUCGCCGAGCAGUUACAACGACGCCGAAACCAUCAGUACCCUCCGAUUUGGUACUCGAGCCAAGAGCAUCAAGAACAAGGCCAAGGUCAAUACUCAGCUGAGUCCCGAAGAGCUCAAGGAGAAACUUAAAGCUUCUCAGCACCAGAUCCUCAGUUUCAAGCAGUAUAUCAAAUCACUUGAUGCGGAAGUAUCUCUUUGGCGUAGUGGUCAGACUGUCCCGCAAGAGCAGUGGGCCAAACCAAGUGCGCCAUCGAGUGUAAGUACGAAAUCCGAAACCAAGUCGAAAGCCGAGCGACCUGAUACCCCUUCACGCCUCCUCUCCGACCAUCUCAGAUCCGACACGCCGUCCAGGCCAGACUCGAGAACAGGCGAUCGAGCUAGCACACCAAGUAUCAUACUAGAGAAAGACGAAAGGGAAGAGUAUAUAAGACGUGAAAAUGAGCUGCAGGAUCAGCUUACCGAGAAAGAGAAUCAAGCUGCGGCUGCUGAGCGUGCGCUACAGGAGAUCAAAGAAGAAAUGCGAUCGUACCACGAAACGCAAGCCCGAAUGAGCAAAGAGAACGAGUCAAUCGCAGACAAACUCAAUAGAGCACAGAUGGAACUGCAAAAGAUAUCUUUCGAACGUGGCGACGAGAAGAUCGAGAUGGAACGACUACGUGCCGACAACGACGAACUGGAUCGAGACCUUCAUGCUGUACAACAAGACCUGCUAACCCUCAAGAUGAGCGCGAAAGAGACAACUGCUGUGCUUGAAGAGAAGGACAAAAAGAAGCAAGAACGAAUGGCCAAGAUGCUUGCUGGUUUCGAUCUUGGUGACAAUGCCUUCUCUGAGAACGAGCGCAGAAUGCAGGAUAUGCUCGAUCAAGUCGACAGCCUAGAAGAAACACACCAAAGAAAUGGAGGUCUGCCAGUAGAAAUACUAGCCAGUUUAAGAGCAAAGAUCAUGGAGUCGCAAGCACUAUCCAAGCAGGCUGAGUGGUCUCUGAACCGAAGGCAUGACAUGUCUCUCGAGCAGGACAACAAACGCAUCGAAUUGGAGGAGAGGCUGAUGGAUCUUGAGAAAGAGCACGAAGAGCUUCUUUCGCGAAACUUGAGUGAAACUGAUCGCGACGAGAUUAGAGACCGUCUUACACGUCUGUACGCCGACAAAGGCGAGACACAAAGUGAUAUGAUUGACGACCUUCGGAAUGAGCUUGCAGCUAAAGAGGAGGAAAUGGUCAAAUUACAAAAGUCAAUCUUAGAUGCACAAACCAAUGGUUCCGCCAAUGGUGCUUCUCGAUCCCUUCAACAACAAAUGGCUGACUUUGACAUGAUGAAGAAGAACCUUAUGCGCGACCUCCAAAACCGGUGUGAAAGAGUGGUUGAGCUUGAGAUCUCCUUGGACGAAACACGUGAACAAUACAACAACGUCUUGCGCUCAAGCAAUAACAAGCAACAACAGAAGAAAAUGGCCUUCCUUGAGAGAAAUCUCGAGCAACUCACUGUGGUGCAGCGACAGCUCGUAGAUCAAAACACAUCACUGAAGAAGGAGGUCGCUAUAGCAGAGCGCAAGCUACUCGCUCGCAACGAUCGCAUCGUGAGUCUGGAGCAGUUACUAAGCGAGAGUCAGGAGAAAUUGACUCAGGCAAACCAUCGCUUCGAAGCACAACUGCAAGCUGUGAAGGAACGGCUCGAGUCUGCCAAAGCAAGCCAGGCUAACAGGAACGAAAUGAUGGCACAGCCUGCUGCAGGAAAUGCUGGAUACGGUGGAUUGAGCUUCGGUGCGAGGAUUGCAAAACCACUGAGAGGAGGUGGUGCUGCAACCACAACGGAUGGAAGCUCAAACGGAGCUACAGGACCAUCGAUACCGUACUUAUCUUCUUUGACUGCGGGCGAAGUGGGCAACACAGGUAACAAGAGGAGUAGCUGGUUUUUCAACAAUCGAUAG